AUGACCGGUAUUAUGCCCUGCCCGUUCUGCGGUUACCAAGCCGAGAACGAGUAUGCCAUUCUGCUUCACAUGGAGACGGAACAUGAAGAAGGCGACUCCCCCUUCGUCGCUGGCGGCGACGAGAACUCGCCGGCCCCCAGCAAAAUCGCCGGCAAGGAGGCGGACGCCAUAUUAGCCGAUGGCGGCGACCCGGACAUGAGCAGCGAGGGCGAGGGCCAGUUCGCCGUGUGCCCCAUCGACGCCUGCGAGGAGAUCAUCACGCUCGCCGAGCUCGACGAACACAUCGAGUUCCACGCCGCCGAGGAGCCGGACCCAGAGGCCGCAUCAACGUCAGCGUGGCGAGAGCGCCAUAGCCACGGCGGUGCCACGGCGCGGGACUCAGAGGCUGCGUCUAAUGGGUAUCGCUCGCCGUACGUGAAUAGUGGGAAUGUGGCUGCGGGCAGCGGCUAUGAGCGAGCGGACGACGAGCCACGCAGCGGCGCAAACGGCGGUAACGGCAGUGCCAGUCAAGCAAAGAGCAUCGAGAGCUGGAAGCAGAUACUGCAUAUGCCCGGCUCGAGAAAGGCGGCGCGGACGAGGAAGGAUGGGGCGUAUGAGGCUGAUGGGGAAUCCCCGCCGCGGAAGAGACUUGGUAAAUCAGAGCUGGGCAAGUACGCUCACGAGAAUAAGAUGCCCGACUGGCUGGUGUCCAUGCUCAGGAAAGGUCGUUACGUGAGCGCAGAGGGUGUCAUAUCGGUUCUCGAGCAGCUCCUGGAGCAGAACUCGACGACGCAGUAUGCAUACCUCUGCCAUCCAACCGUGCAGCAUAUCUCAAAGCUGCGUAGAGAGGGCGGCUUUUGCGGCUAUCGUAAUAUUCAGAUGCUUUCAUCCUAUGUCGUCGGGGCUAGUGCGCCUGGCGCCGAGGUAUUUCGCGGCAAGAUACCCAGCAUAUUCCGCAUACAGGACUACAUCGAGAAUGCGUGGGACAUGGGCAUAUGCGCGCAGGGCAGAGUCGAGACAGGCGGGGUGAAGGGCACGCGCAAGUACAUCGGGACGCCCGAGGCGCAAGCUAUGUUCCUCAGCCUCCAGAUACCAUGCGAGGCUCAGGGCUUCAAGUGCGACAAGCCGUCCGAUGCGGAGGCCGAGCUCCUCGCUUCCGUGGAGAGGUACUUCGAGUCCCGCCGCUACGACCCGCAGGCCAAGGUGCGCCGCACGUCUUUGCCGCCCAUCUACUUCCAGCAUCGCGGCCACUCCUUGACCAUUGUCGGCCUCGAGAAGCGACACGGCGGCGCGAUAGAGCUGCUGGUCUUCGACCCCAUGUUCCACGACCCCGUGGGCAUCACGCGCUACGUCGGACGCCGGUUCCAGCACCGCAGUCCGGACACGGCGCUGAAGCUGUACCGGCGGGGCAACAAGUACUUGAAGAAGUAUAACGAGUUUGAGGUUCUUAGAUUGAAGCCGGUAGAGUUGCCAUGA